CUAACACGCAAUUACCCAUUCCAUUUUUAGAGAGAGAGGGGGAGAGAGAGCACAGUAAUUCAGUGAACGAGGAUAGGGAUGGGUUCUCUUCCCUUCCACGUUUUCUCGAUUUAAAUACCAUAUUUUCCGCUUUUAUUCUGACUGCACAAGGAGUUUUGAUCGGAGUUCCAGUUUUUAUUCUCACUGCAGAGGAGUUCUCAUAGGACUUCUCUCUUCAUACUAUACUCAUUAAUCCAGUUUUCGGCGAGGAGUUAUUUUUUGAUUGAAUUGGAUUUGGAGCUGGGUGGAGAUGGGAGGAUGUGUGUCCAGGUCGGUGAGCUCCGCCGCAGGUGGGAAGAAGAAGAAGAGUCGGAGGAGAAAGAAAACUGAUUUACAAAAAAAGGCGACCUCUGGUUUAUAUGACCGAACAUCUGAUAGAGUUGACAAGACUUCUCCGCUGGCUCGAUCUAACAACAACCCUGGAAGUGUUGAAGAAGCAUGGUUUGAUUCACAUACCAUAUUCGAAUGCGAGUGCAGUGAUGAAGAAUUUCAGAGUGUAACUGAUGAUGCUCACUCUCUCAAUGGAUCUGAAUCUGAGCAUGUACAUAGGCCUGGGAAUUCAUCUGCUAGCCAUUCAGCUCGUAGCUCUGUCAGUGGCAAUACCAAACCUAACAUUCAUCCACACAGUUCUAUGCAUCAGAAAGAUGCUGAAUCUGGAUUAAGAUCUGAUGAGGUCAAACAACCGGAGGAAAUCUCUCCCUUUACAAAUGAAAGUUGUACCAGCAGAGGUCAUGGCUUGUUGAACGAUUGUGGAAUCCUUACACAUAACUGCCUUCCUUGCCUUGCUUCAGCUGUUGCUCCUAUUGAGAAGAGAAGAUCAGUUGACUCUAGUCCUCCUCCGAGUGCAAGGAAGAAAGCUGCUUUAAAGCUUUCUUUCAGAUGGAAAGAAGGACAUCAUUCCACUCUGUUAUCAUCCAAGUCACUUCUGCUUAGACCUAUAGCCGGUUCCCAAGUUCCAUUUUGUCCCUUGGGGAAGAAAAUGCCAGACAGUUGGUCUCCAAUUGAACCGGGGACCUUUCGAAUUCGAGGAGAGAACUACUUGAAAGAUAAAAAGAAGGAAUUUGCUUCAAACUCUGCGGCAUAUUACCCUUUUGGAGUUGAUGUAUUCUUGUCUCAAAGAAAAAUAGAUCACAUUGCUAGGCUUGUGGAACUCCCUAUUACUGAAUCAUCAGGGAUUCUUCCACAAAUACUUAUUGUGAAUUGUCAGAUACCAUUGUAUCCGGCCUCAAUCUUUCAGAGUGAAACUGAUGGGGAAGGAAUCCAUUUUGUCCUAUACUUUAAGCUUUCAGAAAGUUAUUCAAAAGAGCUUCCAUCUCAUUUUCAAGAGAGUAUUAGAAAGCUAAUUGAUGAUGAAGUGGAAAAAGUGAAGGGGUUUCCAAUGGACAGUAUAACACCUUUUCGGGAACGGUUGAAGAUUUUAGGCCGUAUAGCAAAUGUGGACGAUCUGCCAUUAAGUGCAGCAGAGAGGAAGCUCAUGCAUGCUUACAAUGAGAAGCCUGUGCUUUCCCGUCCUCAACAUCAGUUUUACACGGGAGAAAAUUAUCUUGAGAUUGAUUUAGAUAUGCAUAGAUUCAGUUACAUUUCCCGUAAGGGGUUUGAAGCGUUUAUGGAUAGAUUAAAGCACUUCAAUUUAGAUUUCGGCCUCACAAUUCAGGGUAACAAACCUGAAGAAUUGCCGGAGAAGAUAUUAUGUUGUGUACGUUUAAAUGAGAUUGAUUACGCGAAUUAUCAGCAACUAGGCUUGAAUCAAGAUCUCUUUGAAUAGGUGCACAAAUUAUGUAAACUCCCGGAAUCAUCAGUGCAUAUAAAAGUUAUUUUUUUUGCUGCUUAAACUUCCUAAUCAUCAACCCAAGCUCCCUCACUUUUUUUUUUCAAUCUGCAAAAAUAUUGUUAUGCCAAAAGACAACAGACUUGUGCGAAAAACGCUUUCUGAUGUGUCUUAUGUUCCAAAAGAAGACCAAAACAAUAGGCUCAAAUUAUGAUGAGUAAUAUGACAAAGUUUACUAUCAAGUAUCAACAUUACCAUUUACCAUGUUCUGUUUGCUUGUUGAAAUGCCAAACAGGGCCAAAAUUAACAUUUACCAUUGACAUGCUACCUCUUCAUUUCUUAGUUCUUGAAACAUUUAUGAGCAAUUUUUCAUAAAAACUAUUUUAGCAAUGGAAUGGAAGUUCAUAAUGUGCCUCCAACUAUUAACUAUUUUACCAUUAACUAUUUUAGCAAGGGAGUAAAUCCAAUUUAGUGUUGCUGUCAACUGUAUGAACCCACUAGGGGAUGAAUGGAAAGAUAGAAAGCGUAGUGGGGAAGAGCGAAGAGUUGAAAGACCUUUAACUCUUUAAGUAAGGACAAUUAUUGUGGGAGUGGUCUUCAAAUUUGGUUGUCGGAAAUCCGCCAGAGAGAUUGUCUGCGGAUGGAUCUAGGUUCCUUGCCAAAUAACUACGUUUGAAUAGGCACAUUAUGUAUUCAAUGUAAUUAAUAACUAAGAGGCCGUUUGGUAACACUGUUUAUCGGCUUAUCAGUCAACUUUUUCACCAAACAUGUAACUUUUCUUUUCGCGCGCUGAAUUGUGUA